UAGAAUGAAGUUUUUGAAAUUGAAUUUUGGACUAGUAAAAUUGUUGCGAUACAACUGUACUACAUACAGUGCAAUGUACAUUAGACAUUUGAAGGUGGUGAUUUUUUCAUGAGCAACUUUUCAGGAUUAUUUCAUCUUUUUAUUUUUCUUUUGAUUGAUUUGGCACAUAUGCAAAAGGGUAAGUUUGGAUAUGUUCUGUGUGCGCUCUUCUUUUGAGUUUUGCCUAAACAAGAUAAAGGUUAUUUUACAAGUCACAUUUCUUUGUAUUAACACACAGUAAGGUAAUUUUGCCAUUUUUGUUGGUUAUUACGGUUGAAAUUGGAAAAUGGUGUAAGAUACAAAAUGAAAGAAAAUGAGAUUAAAUAUUUAAUGAUUAAAUGUAAGACAAAAUGAUACAACCGUUUGAUUUGUAAUUUAAUUAGCACAUACACUUUAUUUUUUUUGUUGGUUUUGAUAUGUAGACACAUUUUUUCACUAACAUAGACAGGAUUAAUAAAGGCUACGUGUGUAUUGUUAUUGCUACAUCAUAGUUGUCAUGGAUCGAAAUUGGAUGCAUGCUCGGUUUAAUAGUGAUGAGUAUGAGCAUGGAGUAGAAGAGUUCAUUGAAUUUGCAAGAAAACAUGCUGAGGACGCAACACAUAUUUUAUGUCCAUGUGUUGAUUGUAAUAAUAUGGUUCGACUUAAUAUUGAGGACGUAAAAGUUCACUUGAUGGCUAAAGGCAUUAAUCAAUUUUACAAGUGUUGGUUACAUCAUGGUGAGAUAUUAGGGGAGGUUCCUAAUGUGCACGGUAUGAUGGAUUUUGAAACUGGGAUGGAAGUAGAGAUGGAUGGAGAAUCUUCCGGUGAAGAUAUGAGUUUGAAGAAAUGGCAAAAGCUUUGGAAGAAAACUUUGCAGAUUGUCCGGAGAUGUUUGAUAACUUGUGUAGUGAUGCAAAGAAACCUUUGUAUUCGGGAUGCACUAAAUAUAGUAGAUUAUCUGCUAUUAUCAAAUUGUUUAAUGUCAAAGCAAGUAAUGGAGUAAUAGAUAAAGGCUUUGCUGGUUUCUUAGAUGCAAUACAUGACAUGCUCCCACAUAGAAACCUACUUCCAACUCGCACCUAUGAUGCUAAAAAGAUGCUAAGCUCUAUUGGCUUGACUUAUGAAAGAAUCCAUGCAUGUCCAAACCACCAAAACAAUACGAUUUCAUCAAGUUAAAUGACUGGACUGAAUUUGUAACAAGUCGGCUAAAAGAAGAAUGGGAGGAGAAGAGUGAAGCUGCUAGAAAGUCUGCAAAAGGAAAUAUUUAUCCUCAAAAACGAGCUCGUAGAGGAUAUGCUCGAUUUGAGCAAGAUGUUUUGGCUAAGAAAGGCAUCUAUGAAUCGUCCUUAGGCCGAGGACAGCAGUGGAAGUUAAUCAAGAGGGGUAAGGAUGGAAAUGUUUUUGAUGAAGGAGCAAAAUCAGUAGCUUCACGUAUUGUAUGUAUUUUAUUUCAAUAAGUUUUUAUUUUUAAGUAAUUGUUAUUUCGAUUACCAAGUUGUUCAUGGUAUAGUCAUUGAUACAUGAUUACUUUAUGAGUUUGUAUGAGCAAGGAGGGAUGGAAGACAUUGGGCGAGGAGAUGUGUUGUCAAGGGCGUUGGAGAAAAAAGAGCACGGUGGUCGUGUCAUAGGUGUUGGAGUAGGAGUGACUAAUACGAGCUACUUUGGAAUGAUUCAAACAAAGAAGGAAUAUAUGGAUCAAGUCAGAAAAUUGUGCUCUCGUGUGCAAUCAUUGGAAAGCGAAAUGAAAAAGAUCAAAAAGAUUAAUAAUGAUGAGGAAACAUGUCAAAACGGAGAGGAAGAGGAUGAUUGUCAAGCCACACAAAAGCAUGGGGACAAGGAGGAUUGUCACACUUGUCAAAAUUCUGAUUUCGAUUGUCAGCCUUCUGAAAUCAACAUCCCACAGGGUAUAACUCCUUGCCAAUUAGCGUUGUUGCCUCAGGGAAGGUUCAUAACUUCAGAAUGGAAACUAUGGUGCAUAAUACACCAAUACCAUCAGGAUAUGUGAAAGUUGGUAUUGACUACGAUGUAGAGGAGAAUACACCUUUGCCAAUGUCAAUCGAAGGAGUAGAUGAUGUGAUCAAAGAUGCAAUAGGCAGUAUCGUGUUAUGGCCCAUAGAACUUAUUGUUCUAGAUAAGGUUAUGAACCCUUUAGAAGAAAAGGAUAAAGAAGAAGGCCAAGAUAAACAAGGGAAGGAUAAACUAGGCAAGGAAUCUAUAAAACCACGACCAGUGACAUGUCUACGCAAACGAAAGCCACAAAGUCUAGAAAACUCAGAAAAGCUGGUUAAAGUUCAUGAAGGCCAUGAAAAAUGCUCUAAUGCAAACAAUGAACCCAUUGAGUCGCAAAAGGUUAAUCACCCAUCAAACCGAACACCUACUUCACCUCCCAUUCAAUCACAAAAGGAAAUGAAAUCGUUUGACAAUGAGAAGGAAAAGGUUGAUCGAUGUAUUGAAGCAUUAGUUAUUGCAAAUGCUCAACCAGAGAUGAUAAUGUUUUUCAAGUAUGCUGCAAAAAUUGCUUUAGAUGAACAAAUUAGAGUUCCCAUUGAUAUUGGGAUACGAAGUCAGUGCAAGGAGGUGUAUCUUGUGACUCAAUUUCAAAAGGGGGACAUGAAGAAGAUCAAGGAUCACAAUAUGAAAAGAAGUCACUACAUGGUGGAUGUCUUUAAAGACAAUGCAUCAAAAGGAAAAAAUUUCCUCGCUCCAUAUAAUGCCGGGAUGCAUUGGGUAUUGUGUGCUAUUGAUCCUUUCAAUAACAUCGUAUACUACUUUGAUUCCUUACACAAUGAAGAGGAAAUAGGCACGAGAAAAGGCGUUAGUGAGGAUUUGCGUGAAAUCAUAGAUGUUGCUCUGUUUCAAUUUCGGAGUGAAAUGGAAAUUGCAACGAAAUUGAAGAUGGAUACUAAAUGGAAGACAAUAAAGUGUCCUCGCCAGAGCAACGGAGUUGAUUGUGGCUAUUAUGUGAUGCGAUAUAUGAAAGAGAUUAUCUCACACAAACGCACCAAGAUUCCCGAAAGUUAUUUAGCAGGAUGCCAGUUUUCCCAUUACGAUGAAACUCAACUUGAUGAUGUUAGACUUGAGUGGGUGCGUUACGUGUUUCAACAUAUCUAGUCUAAAAGAGUUGUUAUAAGUAAAUCACUCUUAUUUUCCCAAAGUUUGAGUUUCGAUGCAAAAAAGUACUAUACAUCUUGGGAAAAUAUUUUUUGUAAAGGAACAUUUUGUAAAGGUGAUGAAUUGUGUUGGGAAAAUAUUUUUUUGUAAAGGAACAUUUUGUAGAGGUGAUGAUUUUGUAAAGGAACAUUUUUCUUUUUUGUAAA